GAGACGCGAUUCGUCACUCUUGCAGAACUUUCCCCCUUAAAAUCCCUGCUCCAUAAGCAGCCCUCCCUCCCCGGGGAGGUUUUGAUUUUAGUGGCUUUCCUUCCUUUUAUUUCCCGUCGUGUUUGGGUUUGGGCCGCGGAGCGAACUUGCUGCGGGUCCGAGCGCCGUUUCAGAGGUCACCGCCCCUGCAGCGGGGGCACCGUGGCACCAUGCACUCCGAAGCCGAAGAAUCCAAGGAAGUGGCCACAGAUGUCUUUAAUUCCAAAAACCUGGCCGUGCAGGCACAAAAGAAGAUCUUGGGUAAAAUGGUAUCCAAAUCCAUCGCUACCACCCUAAUCGAUGACACGAGCAGCGAAGUGCUGGAUGAGCUAUACCGGGUGACCAGGGAAUACACCCAAAACAAGAAGGAGGCUGAGAAGAUCAUCAAGAACCUCAUCAAAACGGUCCUCAAGUUGGCCAUUCUCUACAGGAAUAAUCAGUUUAAUCAGGAUGAGCUAGCGCUGAUGGAGAAAUUUAAGAAGAAAGUGCAUCAGCUUGCUAUGACCGUGGUCAGUUUCCAUCAGGUAGAUUACACCUUCGACCGGAACGUGUUGUCCCGGCUGCUGAACGACUGCAGAGAGCUGCUGCACCAGAUCAUUCAGCGCCACCUCACCGCCAAGUCACACGGACGGAUUAAUAACGUCUUUGAUCACUUUUCAGAUUGUGAUUUUUUGGCUGCCUUGUAUAAUCCCUUCGGGAAUUUUAAACCCCACUUACAGAAACUUUGUGAUGGUGUCAACAAAAUGUUGGAUGAAGAGAACAUAUGAGCGUGUGAAUGAAGAUGGGGACUGCUCGCAAUUGAUCUGAAGAUGGAGCCCUGUUGGUUUAUGAAGGAAAAGAAGGAUUUUUUGAAGAGUAAACAUAUUUCAGAAAGACUCUGCCCAAUCCAAUUGUCAGACGUUAAUGAUAAUGUUUCGUGAGGCUCAUUUUAUUUGAAGAAAAGCAUAUUGCCAAAAAUUAUGGAUAACAGCUUCCUAAGGGGUAACAAGUACUGGGGAAGAUGUGUGGUCGCAGAAGGCAAAUACCGAGCUACACAGAGUAUGCGUGACUCCAAACCUGGAGACAUCUUUUUCAGAGCAGUUGUAUUGGCGGCACGUUGGAUAUUUCUAACAUGUACAGAGUUACGUAUUUUGAUUAACUUUUGUUCAUUACUAUGUAUAUAUACCUCUUUUAAACAGCCAAGAACUUUUCUUGCUGUCAUUUCUCCUUUCGAAGCCAUUCCAUUUUCAAGUCUACCUUUUGUUAAAGAUUCUUUUGUGAAAGAUUUUUGUCAUUGACAUCCAAGAAUUAAGUCUUAAUUAAGAAUUAAGACAUUAAACAAUUGAGGCAGUCCAAUUGGAACCCUCAGAGAAAUGGAAAACUGCUUCUCUGAAAUCAGUAUUGUAGAAAUCAAAACUGUGUCUGACAUUAUGCAUAAUGCCUAAUAUAAGACUAUGCCUCUGGAGUCAAGUCCUGUUUUUUAAUACCAACCGUGAUAUUUCCUAGACGUGAUAAUGCCCCAGAACGUAAUGCCUUGAAAUGCUUGCUGAGGGCUUAGCUUUCAUGUUAUCUUGAAAAUGUGCUGAUGGAAUCUCCCUUUUUAAUAUCCAUUUGAAAUGUAAGAGACAAAGAGAAAAUCUAGAUUGUUCUUGAUAUUAGGACAAUAAAAAGUAAGUGGUAUUAAGAAAAAUAAACAGUCUUUAUUUUAGAAAUUGAGUCCAUCAAAAUAAUGUAGGAGGAUGAGGAACAAAAAGGGAAUAAAGGAUAUUGCUACAGAAUAUGAGAAUGAAAAUUAAUGCAUUUCAAUGUUUAGUAAGGUUUGAUAGGUAAAUAAAGAAUGCCACUUUUUUAUUUAACUGGUAAGGUUUUUGCUAUUUUUUUAUUUGCUGUUUUGAUGAGUAAACCAAAGACUAUUUGCAUUUCAA